GGACAGAAUAGAUUCUUUCUUCUCCUCCCAUCCCACUCUGCUUCACUUUACUUCCAUUGGCACAAAAGGAGUUAAUAGUGCAAAAGUAGUUUGUAUUCAACUCAGUGGAAGGAGAGGAGAAGAGGGACAGAAUCUUGCCCUUCCCAGGAGACUCAGGCAAAAGGAAACUGCUGCAGCCUCCCUUAGCGUUUAUGUUCUUUCUCUUUAAUUACCAUGUUGACCACAUUCUGGUGUUGCUUGGCCAUAUGUCCCAGUUUUCAUCUGUGAAAUGGUGGAGGGUAUGAAAUGGAAAAAUGACAAGCAAGAUAAAUUACAACAAAUAAUGCAACAAGUAACAAAAACAGGACACAUCCAAAACUAGUAACCGAUAGGAAUAAAUUACUUCGUAAGAGUAACUUGCCAAGUUGGAUUUACUUUCAUUAGCCAGGAUAUAAAGUUGUUUCACACACAAAAAAGCGUAUCUAAGUUAUAGUGGGGAUAUUUUUGCCAACAACAACAACUAAAAUCGUUGUUUCUUGUUAACAGGAGCCACAAAGUUAAAAGAGCAUUUGUUUGUUUGUUUGUUUUCCUGUUUAUCCUACGUUUCUCCCAGAAAGGGACCCAAGGCAGAAAAGUUCCUGGAUUUUUUUUUAAAAAAAAAACCUCUCCAGAGGCUCUAGCUGAUAAUUGAAAAUGGAAAUUACUGCACUUUUUAAGAAAAUACAAAGGCUUUCUCACAACAUAAUAUUUAUGAUGCUGUAAAAGGUGUGAAGCUUCAGCCUAUCUUCAGUCACAGCAGUCUGGAGGCAGAUCCUUGGAAAUUAGAUUCUCCAUGUCUCCUAUGAGUCAAUGGGGAACAUCUGUUAUGGGUUGGCAAGAAAAAGAAAGAAGAAGGAAGGAAGGAAGGAAGGAAGGAAGAAAGAAAGAAGGCGGGGGAGAGAAAUAAAUAACAGAUAUCAGGCAUGGGUCUAUUUUGCAUCUGUGUUUCAGGCUAUUUCUUGUGGCAUCCACUACUUGGCCUCUGUCUUCUUGGCUGUAACACCUAAGUUUGUAUGCAGUCCCCCUGGGAAUGUGACUGGUGUUCUGAUUGACAAUUCAUCUACUUCAAGAAUAGAGGAUGCUUGGACACUUUGGACAUCAACAGAAAGUUACAUCUUGGUCCAGCUGGGAAAUGGAGAGGUUUGGGAACUUAAUCAGUGCAGUAGGUUUAAACGAGAAGACACUUUGGAGUUUACUUAUGCAUACAGUAGCAACAAGAUGGAUUUCCCAUGUACAGAUGGAUUCAUCUAUGACCAGAGCAAAUGGCAGAGCACCAUUGUUACAGAAUGGGACUUGGUCUGUCAGCGUGAAUGGCUCGCCAAAUUAACACAGCCCACAUUUAUGCUGGGAGUCCUUUUUGGAGCUGUGAUCUUUGGAGAUAUUGCUGACAGAAUGGGGAGACGGAACAUCAUGUGGUUCACAAGCACUGGCCAGUUUAUAUUUGGUAUUGCUGUGGCAUUCACAUUUGACUAUAUUAGCUUUGUGAUUGUCCGUUUCCUCCUUGCAAUGGUUUCAAGUGGCUAUCUGGUUGUAGUGUUUGUUUAUGUGACUGAGUAUAUUGGCAUAAAGGCUCGCACAUGGGCAUCCAUGCAAGUCCAUGCAUUUUUUGCAGUGGGAAUUAUGGUUGUGGCCCUGGUAGGCUACUUGUCACCGACAUGGUGGGUCUACCAGAUCGGCCUUUCAAUUACAACGCUCCCCUUUGUCUUGUGCUGCUGGAUGCUCCCUGAGACACCCUUCUGGCUGCUCACAGAGGGAAGAUUUGAAGAAGCACAAAAAGUAAUUAACACAAUGGCAAGAUGGAACAAAGUAAGCACUCCUUGUAAAAUUUCUGAACUGUGUUCAGUCCAAGAUGGUCUUGUCAGUAGCAGAACGGGUGAUAAUGACAAUUCUCCCGUGAAGAAGCACAACAUCUUAGAUCUGUUCCGUAACUGGCACAUUGCGAAAAGGACAAUCACAAUCUGGCUGGUUUGGUUCACUGGGAGUUUAGGAUAUUAUGUAUUCUCCCUCAGUUCCGUGAACCUUGGAGGCAGUGAAUAUUUAAAUCUGUUCCUCAUAGGUGUGGUGGAGCUUCCUGCGUAUGUGAUUGCUUGCAUAGGAAUGGAGAAACUGGGACGAAGGAACACGUUGAUUCCAUUCCUUAUAUCAAGUGCCGUGAUCUGUGCUGUAGUAAUGCUGAUACCUCAAGAUUUCAGUAUUCUAAUUAUUGUAGCAAAUAUGGCUGGAAAGUUUGCAAUAGGCGUUGCAUUUGGCCUUACGUACCUGUAUACAGCUGAGCUGUAUCCAACAGUAGCACGGUCUCUAGCUGUUGGAAGUGGGAGCAUGAUAUGCCGAGUAGGAAGUGUGGUAGCACCAUUUUGUGUCUAUUUGUCAAGUGUUUGGAUCUUCAUGCCACAGUUGAUUGUUGGCGUUAUAGCUUUCGUGAGUGGACUUUUAACAUUGAUGCUGCCAGAAACUCUUGGAAAACCAUUGACAAAUACAUGGGAAGAAGCUGCAGAACUAGAUAGGCAUGUCAACAAAAAGAAUAGUUCAGAAAAAUCAGUUCCAGUACAAGGUGAUGCAGCGAUGGACAAAAUUGAAAUGUUGAGUCAAGAGAGACAUGGCCUUGAUGCAUAAGAUGGUCCUUUUUGUUGUUUUGUUCUGAGCUCUUUUAUUUGCAAUAUGCAGCCAUCUGGUUAUAGUAUAUUUACCCUUGCAGUUCAUAUACCCUCUUAGCAAGAGAGGCAUGAGAACUGCAAACUUGCUGACAAUUUUUUAUGAGCACAGAAUCUUGGCAAUAGUUACAUUAAGCAAUGUUAAUUUUAUGAAGUAUUCCUGCCAAUGAUUCAUUAAGAAAAUCUUCAGAAUUCCUCUUUCGAUUCCUUUCUGUGUUCUCUGUCACAUCUCUGUCAUGUUUUAACUCCACCUCAACUCUUGUAUUGCAAACAAGCAAGCCUAGGAAAUGAUGAAUCCAGGCAUGGUUCCUAGGGAUGUAGACACUGCGGGAUGAAACACUCAUUAUUGCAGGCGUUUCUUAGUAAAUGGAAAACAGAUUAUUUUAAAUAUCACACUCCAGAAAACCUUUUCUGUUCCAUUCUCUAUACACUACCUAAAUAAUUUAUUUUCUGAAUAAAAUAUGAUGAAUAAAAUAAUAAAUAUUUCAAUUAAAAUAUUUGAUUUUUAAUACAAAUUGGAACAUACGGCUUUAUAUGUUUAGGAGAAAAGGGCAUGAGAACACGUAGUGUGCAGACAUGACUCAUUACUGACUGUGAAUGAUAUAAAGUACUCUUCUUUCC